UGAAAUGUGUAUUUUUGCCAUUGUACAUUUAGUGCUUAUGUGUUUUACGCUCUGCAGGACAGGAGAGUUCAGAGUGGAGGUAACUGUGUCUAACCUGGUCAGUUCUGCCUCUCUAAGUGGUCACGUCUUUGUGGUGGACCGGCAUUGUCAGCCUCCACCAGUGAAAAACAUGGGGCCUCUGAAACUACAGGUGCGAAGACACGAGGUUGUCCACUUGGGGGUGACCUUUGAGACGGAACUUGACUGUGACCUUUCCGGCGGCCUCAACUACACCUGGACCUUGUUUGACUCUGCAGGACGGGUUUUCCCUUUGCCUCAUGUAGGCACACACAGACGCAGCCUCAUCCUGCCCAGCCAUCUCCUGCACUACGACACGUAUACCGCCAUGGCGAGGGUUCAGGUCGGCGGGAGUGUGGUGUACAGUAACUACAGCGUGAGAGUGCAGGUGAUACCGAGCCCUCCUGUUGCCUUCGUCCGGGGCGGCACCAAUGUCUUCAUCAACAACCGGAACGACACCGUGGUCACCCUGGACGGGCAGAGAUCUUACGACCCAGACUUCCCCGUGAACCCAGUCAGCUUCAGCUGGACGUGUAAACCGGUCAGCUCCAUCACCAGCUCCUGUUUCCACCACGAUGUUCCCACUUCAUCCCCCGUGCUGGCGUUCCCUGCUAGUUUCCUAAAAGACACCUUUCACCAGUUCCAGUUCUCGUUCACCGUCCACAGCGGAGAGCGUUCAGCUUCAUCAGAGACCUUUCUCACCUUAACGCCAAAUGCAAUCGGGAAGGUGUCCGUUUCCUGCCCUCAGUGCCAGGGCGAGCAGGUGAACUGGCAUGAGUCCUUCUCUGUCGGCGCCUCGUGUGAAGGCUGCAGUGUUUCUCCAAAAGACAUCCAGUACACUUGGAGCCUUUUCCUGGUCAAUGCGUCAUCCAAGCCCGUCAUACAAGUGCCAUUUUGUUACACAGUGGAUCUCAGUGCUCCGUCUAGCAUCGUGGAGGGUUCUGCCAUUUCCCCUCUGACUCCUGGGACUUCCACCCAUUAUCCACCUGCCCCAGAUUUGAUUGAAGCGGAGCCCUCGCCUGUCUCAUAUCUAGUAGACGUAAACACCCAAGGAUCAGGAGAGGAGCCCUUUUAUCACCUCCUGGGAGAGUACGAUCCUCCAAGGCCUUUGUACUCCUCCACUGAAUACCCGCAACUUACCUUUGACAACAGCGGCGCCCGAUAUGCAGACCACUUUCGCCAGGCUGGCGUUAUCAGUGAAUUCCCAAUUGAAUCUGACUCCUCUGCUGACUGGGAGUUUUCUUUCCCUGUUCUGGAAAGCGGGGACAUGGGAGGUCAACAAGAUUCAGAUUAUGAUGUUCCCCUGAUGAGCGCAGAGGAAGGAAACCCAGGGGCUUCAGCAGGAAGACCCACAGGUAUGGACGGGGAGAGCUUCAGUCCAGGAGAUGAAUCCUUUCACGAUCCAGCCUCACAUGAAGAUGAGGGGAAUAACCUGAUACAUUCCAGACCAUCAGUUGCGAUCCGGGAGUCGGUUUUGCUCGAUUUACCCAGAGACGAAGUGGACAGAGGUCUUUUUGAGUCCUACACUUACACAGGCAUUUCCUCCCCUUGGCUGAGUUUCAGACCAUACAGUCUGAGUCCUGGGAGCAGAUACAUGUUGGCGAUCACAGCCAAAUCUCGUGAUAGUUUUCUGGGCCGGACUCAGCUAUUCUUAAAGACCAACCCUGCUCCAAAAGGUGUGACGUGCCAGGUGCAGCCAGUCAGAGGGAGGGAGUUAUACACACACUUCAGCAUCUUCUGCACCUCAGGAAAAGAGGACUCAGUGUACGAGUACAGUGUCCGUGUCGGAGGUGGACCUCCCAGGACUCUGUAUGAGGGGAGAGACUUCCAGUACUACUUCAGCCUUCCUUCUGGGGACCCAAACGAUGACCACAAAGUAACUAUUUCCACAGAGAUCAAAAGCAGCAUGGACGGGGCGGCCUCUGAACCUUGUCCCGUCACCGUCCAAGUCCAACCAAGCUUCUUCAGAGACGCCCCGAAUUCAUCCCACAGUGAUCCUGACCUGGAGCUGUCAGAGUCGGGUCUAAGGAAUCUUUCGGCUCUGGUGCGACUUGGAAACGGCGCGGAGAUUCGUAACUACGUCAGUCUUCUCUCCCGGAUUCUCAACAGACUCAGCCUGGACGCUAAGGCCAACGCACACGCACAGAGACGCACACGCAACAUGCUCAUCGGAACGAUGUGUGAGCUUGAGAGCAGUGGACAGGCAUCAUUGGUGGACAACAUCUGCAUUCUGAAAAACCUUUUAGAAGUUACGAGCCAGGUGACAUUAGCGAGUGCGAGACGAGUGACCGUCCACACCCGGCUCAUCUCAGAACAAUUUUCCAGUGCUCCAGCUUGGUGUUCUCAGACGACACUGAACACCCUGGUAGCCUUGCUGUCACACUGCCUGCAAGCCGCUCUAAUCACCGAUGACUUCGGACCUGAAAUGUCCGCCAGUGCCGACAUUACGCAGGCGUUAGGUUCGGACCAACAUGAUGAAAUGCAGGAUUCACGCAGCGGUAGUCACAUGGAGCGAGGAUCACCAAUUUCAACAAAGAAGGCUCUGCAGCUCGUAGCUGAUAUUCUCCAGACUGCUUCAGACCUGAUGCUGAAGUACAUUUUGACCCAUGAGGCCCACGAGCACAGAGUCAGCACUGGUCUCAUCGCCCUGUACGCCGCAUCCCUAAACCAAACCUCCGCUGUCCUCAGCAGCGGCUCAACCGCCUUCCACCUGCCCGACUCCCUGGUCCAGCGUGUUUUUGUUCAUGGCAGCAGGGACGCUGGGAGCGGAGCGCGCCGGCCGUGUGUGCUCGGCGUGCUGACCGAGCUCAGCCACAGUCCUUACGCCCAGACCCGCUCGGCUGGAAAGCAGCCCAGCGGGCCGGUGGUGGACCUCAGUCUUUACAAGUGCAGCACAAAGAGAAAGAUCCCCGUUCGCCCGCUCAUUCAGCCGAUGAUCAUCACGCUGGGAGGACCACCGAGAAUCAAGAGCGCGGUGCCCGAGUACGUCCUUCUACGGAGCAGGGUCAACUACCACAGCUUCAACAUUACCCAGGAGCACUUGGAUCAGGCCAUCCAGCUGAGCGUGGUGUUCACGCCGCCGCUCAACAAGGUGUUUCCCAUCAUGCUGCUCUUCAGGAUGUUUGAGAGGCCGACUCCCAGUGUACACCACCUGCACAGGAUUCACCACUGGGAGAGGAACACCACACGGUUCACUCUGCCACCAUCCUACCUCAGCACUGCAGGGAUCGGUCACCUGGCUCUGCUAAAUGCUAAUUUUGGGAAAACACCCAGACACGAGCACCUAAGUGAACAGGUGAGUUACGGUGUCACAGUGGACAGCAGCCUGUGUUUGUCCUGGGACGGCCACCAGGGGGCCUGGACUCCCGACGACUGCAGGACACAACAAGCAGACAUGGCUGCUGCAGUCAACUGCAGUUGUCACCAGUUGAGGCCGCUGACCGUGUUGCGGCAGCCAAUCGCAAGCAGCCAUGACACAACCGACCUGGACCCGUUCCUCAGUGUGUCCAGGGAUCUGACUGUGCUGGGUGUGCUGGUGCUCUGCCUAUGCCUGUACAUCCCGGGGUUGGUGGCGUGUCAGAGAGCUGACGUCGGCUCUGAGGUGAAUCGGAGGGCACACUUUCUUUCUGACAACUCUCCAUGUGACCCAUACCUCUAUGCUGUGACAAUCCACACAGGGCCGCGCUCUACAGCGCGCAUGAGUGCAAAGGUUUACAUAGUGCUCCAUGGUAAAAAUGGGGUCUCACAGACAAGAGAACUUCAAGUCCCAGGAUGCAACCUGUUCAGGAGGAACUCUCAAGACACCUUUAUAUUAAGCGCCGCAGACAGUCUGGGUCCAGUGUGGGGGGUUCACAUCUGGCACGACAACUCUGGACCCUCCCCCAACUGGUACCUGAAGCAAGUGGAGGUAUCCCAGGUGAGAAGUGGGCAUGUGGAAGGACGAGCUUGGCUCUUUGUGGGUCAGUGCUGGUUGGCUGUGAACAAAGAUGACGGCCGGGUGGAUAAAAUGCUCAGAGUUUGCACUCAUGGAAUGAGCUUUUCUAAGAUGUUGCGUCUCAAGCUAUCUGACUACUUGGCCGACUACCACAUCUGGAUGUCUUUGUGCAGCUGCCCCCGGCCGAACUCGUUCACGCACACUCAGAGACUUAGCGUGAGCCUCCUGCUCCUGUCGGGAUACGCGUGCGUCAACACAGUAAUCAUAUCAAAGAUGAAUGAUCGGUUGCCGUUUGAGCUGGGCCUCGUGGACCUGUCGGCGGUUUCUCUGACGACGGGAGUGUUGAGUGUGGCGGCAGCGUUGCCUGCAGCAGCAUUGACAUCUUUCCUGUUCCGACUGCGCAAGCUCAAGCCGAUGGGGUCGGUGGUCCAGCACACGGAGGGUCGACGGACGGAAAAGGACCCUUCUGGAGAUGCCCAUUCGUUACAUGACAGUGCGUUCGAGCCACAGCUGUAUUGGAACAGUCUUCAGCAGUGGGCGCAGGAAACCUGGACCAACAAAUACCAGGGCACAGAGAUGCUGCCAGUGUCCACCACCAUUCUGGAAAAUAAAAGCACAGGUAAUAAACCUGUAGUCCAAUCCGAUGUAGUCCCAAGAAAGGAGGACUCGAGACCAACGCUUCAAAAUGUGUUGCUGAUUACAGAGAGGAAAAAUGUGGAUGGAGCACCCUGGGAAAAAGAGUUGGCUAUUUUAAGUGGAAACAGCAGGUUUCCUGGAUCCCAGAGAGCUCUUUUCUCCGGUACCAGGGAUGGAAGUCUUGCCAUUCAGAAGGACGAGGAACAUCGGGGGAAGUUUUUGACGGACUGCAGCUACGAGGAAGACCACCAUCAGCGGGCAGUGAGGCCUGCAGAACACAUGGACAGUGUGGAAGGGAGAGCACCGCGGCCGCUAUCUCAGUGGUCUCAUUAUCUGGCCUGGAGUCUUUGUCUGCUGUUGUCCCUCUUCUGCCUUGUGCUUUCUGCAGUGCUUGGAUUGAGGUUCAACAGCAGCAAGGUUCUGCUUUGGAUGCACUCUCUUUUCUUCUCCCUGAUGUUUUGUUUCUUUCUCAUCCAACCAGCUGUGAUUAUUACAGCAGCAGUGAUCGUUUCCUUUUGGCACAGGAAAAGAUCUGACUUUCACAGCUUCUCCAGUGUGAGAGAGCUUGAGAAGGACACCGCGAAUUUGUGGAGCCACAACGGCGCUAAGCAAGCAGCAGAGCAGGUCGGCACGUCUGCCUUUCCACAAGGAAGAGGCUCGUACCUGGAGAAGCUGCUUGGAGAUCGGCGGCGAGCCCGCUACCUCCGUCUGGUGCGCCCGCCGACUGCAGCAGAGCUGAGGAAGACGUGUGCCAAGAAAAGAAGGGAGACACUUCUCCAUAUUACUCUCAGGGAGGUGUCACUCUGUGGCUGCAUGCUUCUCCUGAUGCUGUGCAUAAGUUAUGGGACUUCGUUCACCGAUCAUUCCCACCUCAAUAAAGCCGUCAGAAAAUGGUUCAUACGUGGCGAUGAUGCAUUUAUGUCCAUACAAAAGCACGAGCACUGGUGGAAGUGGGCACAGAGCCGUCUCCUUGGUUUACUGUACAAGAAUGCGUCAACCACGACCGAGUCACACAUCUUGAUUGGAGAGCCGAUCCUGUGGAAGACAGAAAUGUCCGACUCAUUUCACAGCCAGGUCUUAGUUUCUACGGCAACGCCUCCAAAGACAUGUGGUCACUUGGACUGCUACUUGGGACCAAGUACCACUGUUGGCUUAGGCCACACAAAGUCGGACGCUGCGUCCAAACUGAGGCUCCUGCAUUCAGAGGGCUGGCUGUGCAGACAGACUGUCUCUGUCCAGUUCACCUUGCUCAGCCCUGGGGCCAACCUGUUCACCAGCGUGACGGUGCUCUCUGAGCAGAGCCCCGCCGGUGUUCUGCUGCCCUCUGUCGAAAUCCGCUCGGCCAGAGUGUAUCACACUCCGGCUGCGUGGGACUAUGUUGUCAUGGUGUGCCAGCUCCUCUUCCUUGUCUUGUCCCUGCUGCAAUUCUGGGAUCACGUGUACGCUAUAGGACAGCAAGGCCUGACGGGAUACUGGAGGACACCUUUUAACUGUCUGGAAGUCAGUUUGCUGACAGUGUCUUUACUGCACUAUGUUUAUUACAUCUAUCACUCGGUCAUUAUCUUGGAGGUUGUGGAGCUGCUGCAGAGACACAACUACAGGGGACACGUGGACGUCAGCCUCCUGGCUACCGUGGAACAAAAUAUUCGUACUCUGCGUGGCAUUACGGUCCUUCUUCUCACCACGAAGGCUGUGACUGUGUUGAGAGUUAUCGGGACCUCGUCCUCCUCUGCGACCCUCCUGCCCCAGUCCCUCUCCAGCCUGUUCUGGCCGACGAUUCUGGGGCUUGUCCUGAUGGUGGCGCUGUCCUGCGUCGGGAGUCUCCUGUUCGUACACAGAUCCUGGGCCUUCAGCUCACUUCCGCGCUCCCUCCAGACGCUGCUGUGUAGCUGCUGGGGCUUCAGGACCCCUCGGGGCCUUCGUCUCCCGGGUUGUCAUGUCCUUUACCGUGGAGUUCUCUGUCUUUCCUCUCUGUUGUGGACAGCAGUGGUGAUGGGUUUGGUGUCCUCAUUGGUCAAAAGAGCCAAAAGAUCGAAGAACCGGGGGAACGUCUUCACCGUAGCGGAAUUAGCCGACUACAUCGGACGCGCGCUCUUUGAGCUCAUUGGGAAGCGUAGACGAGCGUGGCAUGAAAAUCCUGUGGACGGGAAGACAUAUUACUUUGAAGAGUUUGAAAGCUUAGUAGAUGAACUACUGUUCAGACUGGAUGCCUUCUCAGACAGUCUGCACCGCACUCUGCCCCCUAAAGCCCAUCACCACAGGGAGGAGGACAGUCCCGUCGUCCCACAGGGACCCUCCAACAUGGACACACAGGCGCAUCCGAGUGGUAACAGAACUGUCAGUGGCCAUGGAGAGAUAGCAGCCUCACCUCACCUGCUCAGGUCCAGGCUUGAACCGGAUAUCCUGCAGAGAGGUCAGAGGGGGGACGACUCCUCAUCAGACGAUGCUGUGCAAUGGCAAGCGUCACUGCGAUCUGAAACCGUCGCCAAAGAAAACACAAAAGGCCGAAAUGUGAAAGCACAGAACUACCACUCAACAUCACGGGUCAGCGCUUGGACAAAAGAUGUUCCGGAGAAGCAAGUUAACAAAAGGACCAAAACAAAUGACAGUAGCUGCUUGAUAAAAACUCAGGCCACAUGUGUAGAGUUGAUGGUAGAGGUUCUAGUCCACCAGGAGCCUAGGAGUGUAGAGCCAGGUCAACAGGAGGGUUCUUAUUGAGAUAACAGCUGUGGGUGGGGCACAGCAAGCAAUAUAUAGAAGUAUAUAUUUCUUAUAUAUAAUAUGUGUAUUAUUAUAUUAAGAUUUAUUGUAUUUUACUGUGUGCCAAUCUUUGUUAUUCACCCCCUUUGAAUUGCCCAAUAUUACCUCAACCAAUUUGAAAAAUAAUCUUUGUUGCAAAAAUGGCAUCACUAGUUGUUCAUAACUUGUGUAGUUGAAUGUUUUGUCCAUCAUAAGAGCUGACAGAUAUCAGGUUAUCAUUGAGUUGUACACCAAAUAAACAGAUCCUUUAACUGA